AUGGCUCCCAGGCGUUCCGAGGAGCGUAGAGGACGCCUUGUCGAGGUAAAGAGACGUGAGGAAACCACCACAACCUCUGAACGCAGAGCCAGAAGCGGGCAUCGGCCCCGGCAUCGUAGGUCUCAUCAAGAAUUGGAACGCCGAAAUCGCAGCCACAGCCCGAACCAGCAUACCGGAAGAUCCGCUUCCCGAGAUGGCCUUUUUGUACAGGAUACUGGGCCCAGGACCGAGAAUGCAGACCUGAUGGACAGCAAGGGCGAAAUCUUCCGUCUCUACCAAACCCGUGACCCGCUCGGCAACGUCAUCGGCCAUUUG